CCCGCAGGUUGUUGGAAGGUUGUGAUUUCUGCAGGAUAAUGGCGUGGAUUAGGAAAACUUUCUGCAUGGUUGACUUUGUGUAACAUUUUUGUGUAACAGUAGAGGAUGUUUAACACUUUUACAGCUGUACUUUGAACCGAAUCAUCCCAUCGAAGUAUUACAUGGGCUUUGAGAGUCAAGCCUUUGUGCUGCUUUUGUGUUUUAUUAACCAGUCUAGAAGUUGAGCUGAUUCACGGUGUUGCUGCGCUUCUUCAUUGUUUCGUGUGAACUCUUCUCAUGAAGGAUCAACCUGUGCAAGUUCACUAACGUAAGGCAGAGUUACUUUCGUCAUGCAGCUGGUGAUCCGUCGGUACCGUCCUGCAGACAAGGACACAGUGCUCACCCUCUUCAGUACUGGCAUCUUGGAGCAUAUCCGUCCAUGUUUCUAUAACGCCAUGACCAGUCCCCUUUACCUCACCAUCACCUCGACUCUGUGUGUUGUUGGUUAUCUCCUUGGCUCUGUGUUUGGAGCUGUACUGUUCCCAGCAGCUUGGGUAGGUCUCAUCUACUACUGCUGUCAUGAAGUAUAUGCCACCGUCGUCAGGGUGAGACUUCGCAACGACAUGCAGGACAUCCCUGGGAAUUUCCUCAGCAGACCUGAUGACUGUUUCUGGGUGGCUGAGGCUGAGGUUGGAGCGAGAGCCCAGGUUGUUGGUAUGGUGGCUGUGGUAGCUAAACACAGUGGGACAGAAAAGUAUGGGGAAAUGUUCAGAAUGAUCAUUUUCCCACAGUAUAGACGGAUGGGCCUCGGCUUUAGGUUGACUCAGACCGCGGUUGACUUCUGUAAAGAACGGGGCUUCUCCAAGGUGGUGUUGCAGACUACCUCCACCCAAAUGGCAGCCGUGGUUCUGUACAGCAAAGUGGGGUUUAACCGUGUCCUGUCUAAUGUCAAAGGACUGGCAGCUCCCUGGAUCAUUUCACUGGCCAGGGUCACGAUUAUAAGGAUGGAAAAAUACUUGUAAAUCAAAAAUAACACUCAUCAGCAGUGUGUUGUUUUCACGCUUGGCUCCUCUUUAACAGUGGUUUAAUAUUUGGCAAUGGUUAGACUUGACUGUAACCAAAACGUUGUUCAGGUGUAACUUUGGAAAAAAAUGCCAAAUCUGUUAUAUACUUUAGGACAAAGCACUAUGAACAGAUCUGAAAGUAAGGAGCAAGAUGUUGUUACUAAAACCUGGUUUCCUCUUUAUAGAGUACUUUACAUAUUCUCUGACUACACCUUAAGCCCCCCAAAAAUUGUCUGUUAACAACAUAAGGCCAAUUAGCAGCUCCAGUCCUUUGAACCAAGAUUUAACAGUUAAUCCUUACAUUGUGUACUUUUCAGUGACGAUUAGAAUAACUUAAUGUAAUCAGAUGUACUGACCACUUUCAGCUGUAUUCAUUUAAAAAAGAAAGAAAGAAAUGUUUUAAAAUGUCAUUAACUGAGAUACAGAUAACAUAUUGUAAGCACAUGAUACAAAGAUACAUGUCGUAAUAAUAUUAAUAAUAAAACCAUUAACUUUUAAAAGGCAAACGUAGAGAAUUUAUAUGCAUCAGAGUGGACUUAAAAUUCUCAUUAAACUCUUCCAUUGUUUUACACCUUUUUUCCUUGAUGUAAUCAGAAUAACUGAGAUAUUUGCUUAUGAAAUGAAGACAUGAUUAUUAAGACUGAUAAUGUUGAAAAUUAAAUCACAAAUCUAAAUUCAGUAUGUUGUGCCCCAGCCUGUACUGUAGAUGUGAAUGUGAACAGCAGAGGACACUAUUGAUCUAAGUAACACUGAAGCUCUUUUGAUGAAAAUCAGUAUUUACUGAUAUUGUACUGUAUUUACUUCCUUUUAUACCAGAAAGUAUUAGGAGUUUAAAAUAUGUGUGCACCAACAACAGUGCUGGGAAGUAAAUACAGUACAUUUUCUAAUAUGUUUUGUGAACACAAGUUUUAUAUCUAGAAUAUGUUGUGAUAGACUGUGAUGCAGAAUAUGAAACAAUAACAGAUGACCUAGUGCACAACCUUUCAUGGGUAAUGGUAGCAGUUUGAAACUCACUGACUGCUGUAGCUGGUGUUCAUUACAACUUCCAACAUUUUAAAAAUUCUAUGUGGUUUGAUUUGUCAUUUUUCAGACCAGAAAGGAAAAACAUAGUAUCUCCUGCAGUUAGCAAAAGACCACAAGGACUCCUCCCAUUGUUUUUUGUGUUUUCCCAUGCUGUACUGAAAACUAAUUCCCCUCUAAGUGAAGCAAAAUAUGCAUUUUUCUAUGCUCAGGAGAUACUUUGUUGUUCGUGUAAACACACUUUUGAGUUGUCUGCCUAUUUUUCUAGUUUACCAUUAGGGGGUGCCAAAUAUUUGAAUCCUAAAUAGAGUAUCCUGGGCACGGUACAGUAAAAUUCAGUUUUACGUGGAUUUCCGGUUGAUAGUUUUUCUAAGAACUGAACAAAUUAUUUAAAUCAACACUGAUCAGUAUUGGCAGAAAAUUGUAGGAACUGUGCUGGAAAGACCAAUAUUUGUGUGUAUAGUAUUCUUCUAGUCAUUUUGUGUUUCAUUUCUGAGAGCACGCCAUAUGUCUCAGGUUACUGAACACCUGAAUGAUGAGGGGUUAAUAUGCCACUUUUCUGCAUGAUCUACAUCAGUCACAGAAAACAGGCUCCAGAUAUAAAAGGAAAGGAUAAAAACAGCCUUUGAUAUAUGUGUCACACAAAAGAUGAUUGUUAUGUAACAGACCAUCUUAUACAGAAUAAAAUAUUAUUUCAUUUAAAGAAAAUUCAGGUUCAUUUCAAUCAUACUUUCUUUGUGGCCUUUUGGUAACUUUACUGUCUUCACUUCUGCCACAAAUCAGCUGCCACGUGAACAUGCUCACUGCUGUCAAUAAAUUUUUUUCACAUGUGAUUACACACAGGUAUGAAGAUAAAAACAGAACCAGGUGUGCCUGGAUUAACUUUAAUUUACUGCUCUGCUGCCAGCUGAGGGGGUGAAC